CCGUUCUUUUCAACACAAUCAUCAUGGCAUCUGCUAAUAGUAACGCCAAUGUCUAUGGAGGAGACGAGAUCAACGCCAUCAUUCUCGACCCUGGCUCCUUGAGCACACGGAUUGGAUACGCGGGUGACGAUUUCCCGAAGAUCAUCACUCCUUCUUAUUAUGCUGCCAACGGUAAGAAACACAUAUUUGGUGAUUCCAUCAAUGUUCCUCGGGCAGACUUCGAUAUCAAGCCCAUAUUAAAAGACUCGGUUAUUGAGGACUGGGAUGCUGCCAUCGAGCAGUACCAUCACUAUUUCGAUAAAGAGUUGGCCUUGGACUAUAAGGAACAGCCCAUAUUCAUCACAGAACCCAUAUGGACAUCUGCCAAACAACGGCAAACAUUGGUGGAAAACAUCUACGAGAAGUUCGACUUUCCUGCCUUGUAUUUGGGCCGAGCCCCCACCUGUGUAUCGUUCCAACAAGGCCGUCCCAAUUGUUUGGUUGUGAAUAUUGGCCAUGAUACCGUGAGUGUUACCGCCGUGAUUGAUGGGAUUUCGCUCUUGAAAAACUCCAUGAGAACGCACUACUCGGGCCAGUACUUGAGCGAUCAAUUGUACGAUUUGUUCUUGAACAAAUUCCCUCUGUUGACAUUGGAUGCCAAGUACAAAAUCAGGACCAAGACUCCUACAAAGUACCCAGAACCCCCCGUAUUCACACCCAGAGAACUCCCCAAAAACAUCACCAAGUCGUUUGAUGACUACCAAAAAGAAUUGUUGUUCCACGAGAUGAAAGAGACGUUGCUCGAGGCUCCCGACAAGCAAAUCACCGAUGAGAACUCUGAAAGCUAUUCCAAAGACGAGAACAGACGGGCGUUUGAAUUGCCCAACGGCCAGUCUAUCGAGCUUGCCAUCGAGAGGUACGAGAUGGCCGACUCGUUGUUCGAGCCAAACAACUACAGCUUCACCAACGAAACAUUGGCCAACAAGUACUCGGUUGAAAACGGUAGUUUGACCAUCGACUCCAACCAAGAUGACUAUAGACCGUUGAAGAGAGCCCGGAAAAAUGAAAGCAACCAGUCCACGCCUCCACCCGCUGCUACAGAACCAUCGGUGGCCGAAACUAGAGGCUUAACUCAGUUGAUCUCUCAUGUGUUGUCGACCAUCGACAUUGAUUUGAGAGCUUCUGUUGCCCACAAUAUCAUUGUUACCGGUGGAGCCUCACUCAUACCACAGGUGACCGAGCGGCUAUACUCCGAGUUGUCUUCGUUGAACCCGGGUCUCAAAAUCAGGUUACACGCAGUAGGUAACUCCAGUGAAAGAGUUAACCAGGCAUGGAUUGGGGCCAGUGUGUUGGCAUCGCUUGGUACAUUCCAUCAGAUGUGGGUCACCAAGGAGGAGUACGACGAGGCCGGGCCCGAUAAGAUCUUGAACCAGCGGUUCAGAUAAUAAACCUUUGUACUAUAUAUAAUCUUUAUCUUUACCUUUAUCUCAAUAUCAUAAAUGUGAACCC